UGUAAUUGCAAAUUUGAAGUCAAUACCUACCGAAGCAAGUGGGACUUAAAGUGCUGAGAAAGAUUUUCAUCGUGCGUGUUCUAAUUCAACACCUGCAAUCAAGAAAUAUUCUGUGCUUAACUUAAAUCAAAAACGAGAAAUCAAAAUGCCACGACGAGGACGUACAGCAUCGCCACCACCAGCAGCUCGCAGGGCUCCUAUGGCAGCAGCACCUGCUCCGGCCCCUAAACAACCAGUCGUGCAGCAUGCGGCACCAGCCGCCGUUGCCCCACCAAUGGCUGCCCCAUCCCAGGGUCCGGGUCUGAUGGCGCAAAUGGCAGCAACAGCAGGCGGUGUUGCCAUCGGUUCAGCAGUGGGUCAUACUGUGGGUCAUGCGCUGACAGGAAUGUUUAGUGGUUCCGAUUCAAAAGAAGCUGCACCGGUUGCUGCUGCCCCACAACAAUACGCACCCGCUCCAGCACACCAGGCAGGUGAGACGGGUCCGUGCGCUUGGGAGAUGAAACAAUUUUUAUCUUGCGCCCAAAACCAAUCCGACUUGACGCUUUGUGAAGGAUUCAACGAGGCGUUGCGUCAGUGCAAAGUGCAGCAUCAUAUGUAGUUGCCAAACGCGGUAAUGUUAAACAAUCAGUCGGAAAUGAAAAAUGUCUAGAAAAUACGUUAUACAUUCGUUACGAAAGUGUUUAAUUUAAUAUUCCUUUAAUCCCACAAACACCAUAACUGGACUAUUAAAAUUGCGUCUGAUAUCGGUUUAUUCGCAAAAAAGGAAGGGCGCUGCCAUUGGCUUAGCAAUAACUCACGUGACAAGCGUAAAAGAAAAUAAUUGAUUUGUUUUUUUCACGUAUGCAUUGAUCCCAUCUUGAAAUGGUCGAUAAUCUACAGGAACGAAAUAUAUCGUUUAUUAUUUCUAUG